AUGAGCAAUUUGCUGAGCGUGAGGAUCCAGUCUGUGCAAUCGGAAUCCAAGCAGCUGAUGCACCAUCUGGCAAAAGUGAAGCAGCAAGUGAAAGAUGCAACUCUUCAGACUAUGAGUGGCAAUUGCACCACCAUCGAUCGCGUUCAGUUCCGUCCCUACCGAACGCUGCGAGGCCAUUUUAACAAGGUGCUGGCGCUCAGCUGGCACCCCGACAACAGGCAUCUGGCGACCGCUGCGCAGGACGGGUUUCUACUCUACUGGGAUUCUGUCACGGGGCUCAAGAAGGGCCUGAUCCGGCUGGACGACCCGUACGUGAUUUGCACCGACAUCUCGCCCAACGGUCACCUGGUGGCCACCGGCGGGCUUGAGAACGCGUGCAUAGUGUACAAGUUGCAUUCUUCCCAGAACGCAGAGAUACAGCAACGAAACUCGAUUGUCUCCAUUUUCAAGGGCCACAAGGAGUACAUCAGCGACCUGAGCUUUGUGGGGAACUCCCAGGUCCUCACAAGCUCCGGCGACAAGUCCAUACUUCUUUGGGACAUGGAGAAAGGCACCAAGUCUGUCACGUUCAACGGCCAUCUUGGAGACGUUUUGGGCCUAUCCAUGUGUCCGACAGACAGCAAUCUGUUUGUUUCGUGCUCCUCGGACCGGCUCUCCAAUCUGUGGGAUAUCCGAUGUCCACUCAAUAGAAGACAGUUUCAGAUCUCGCUGACCCACGACUCGUCCGCGGUCAAGUUUUUCCCAGAUGGCUUCUCGUUUGCCUGCGGCACCGACGACGGCGAGCUUAAGCUAUUUGACAUCCGCUCCGACUGCGAGCUGGCCAGCUACCCUUCGUCGAUGGUCGCGGCGCUGGACAACCCCGGCGUGCUGUCCAUAGACUUUUCCCGAAGCGGACGGCUGUUGUUCGCUUCGUACGCCGAAUUCUCGUCGGUCGUCGUCUGGGACACCGUGAUGGGCACCGUUGUGGGCACGAUGGAUGGUCACCGCGACGCCGUGAGUGCGAUAAAAGUCUCGCCCGACGGGCUGGGCAUAGCGACCGCCUCGCGCGACCACACGAGCCGCAUCUGGUCGGUCUAG